AAUCAACACUUGACCGUUGAAAAUUAAACAAGCAAAAUGUUCAGCAAAAUCGUAGCUCUGAGCGCCCUGUUGGCUGCUGCCAAUGCUGGUUACUUGGGACAUGGCCACGCUGUGUCGUCCCAGAGCAUCAUCCGUCACGAUGAGCCCGCACACUACGCUGCCCCCGUAGCGCACUACGCCGCACCUGUUGCCCACUACGCUGCCGCUCCCGUAGCACACUACGCUGCCCCCGUAGCUCACUACGCCGCUCCCGUAGAACACUACGACGGACACGACACAUACGCUCACCCCAAAUACGACUACUCUUACUCCGUGGCUGACCCUCACACCGGUGACCACAAGUCCCAGCACGAGAGCCGCGACGGAGACGCCGUGCACGGAUACUACUCUCUGGUGCAGCCUGAUGGCUCCGUGCGCAAGGUCGAGUACACCGCUGACGACCACCAUGGUUUCAACGCUGUGGUGCACAACUCCGCCCCCUCAGUCCACCCCGCUCCCGUCCACGGACACGACUACCAUCAUUACUGAAUAAUCAAUAUUGACUGAUUGUAUUGUGCCUAUUUAUUAUUUUGUACGUAAUGACUGUGAUAUGCGAUUCUUAAAUACAGUAUGAA